ACACCGGCCAGUUCUGGCUGCCCUAAACUAGAUUUUAAAGUUAUAGUUAACAUACAUGGGAACCAGCUGUAUAGGAAUGUAUGGCAUAUAUUGCACUGAAGCACGAGGGCUGAGUUCAAUACUGCAACUAACUAGUACCAUAGAUUGAAGAGAGAGGGAUUGGCAACGGAGGCAGUUUACGUGAUGCUUUACAUUGAGUUUACACAGAUGGGCCUGAAAAACCUCCCGUGUUUCGCCCUAAAACUCCCGGGGAAACUUAUUGUGUCUAAUGCAUGCUUCUCAAAGAUCCCUCGAACACUUAAACAAAUGCCCCCCCUGAUGGUGCAUGGGUAUCAUUUAGAAAACAUAAUCGUGAUUGUCAUGAAGUAGCGCAUGUUCCUAUACCACCUAUGAUAUAGCUAAGGUUGUGUUACUAAGUAGUGUGCUGUGUCCCAAAUGGCCAUAAGCAUGAGGAUAAGUUCAUGUGACUUUACAGACAGUAAAAAACAAUGCUCAGAAUUAUUCAUGUUUAGACUCACACGUUAGGAGUAAGCCUCGAUUAAAACCGCGCGGGGAAACAUGGAUGGCACCGGAAGUGCACCCCGUUGCCAAUCCCUCUCUUUUCAAUCUAUGCUAGUGUGCACUUGUGGAUAAUGAAAUCAACCUCUCAUCAAAGCAUUUAAGUAUACUCAGGUCACAUGACCUACAAACGAUCUCUGAUAUGCCCCUACUACUAUAGAUAGAGAGAAAAUUCUUUUGCGAGUAUUUCACUGCAAAUCGGUUUCAAAGACUUUGGAAAAACAUUUCAGAAAAGCUGAAGUUAGUGGUAAUUGUGAGCCGAUGCUGGCUGAAAAAUAUUAUUCACAAUAUUGAUUAUAAUUUCGAGGCUUUCAUUUCACCUCUAGUUUUCUACUUUCAAACGUGUAGUGGAGCUCGACAGAUUGAUGAAGCAGGAUAACACCGAGAACAUUCAAUGACUCACCUUUGCCGAAUCCACUAUUUAGCACAGUGGAACCUUGCGUUCAUUCAAUCAAAUCCCAAACUAUCCAUUUACCUACACUAUAGUCUGGGCCGAAUGUUCUCAGCAACAGUAUUUCACUUAUUUUUUACAAGCGGUCCAGGCGUUCAUACAAGGUUGGACUUCGAAGUGCUUGUAUGUACGAAGCGAUAACAAAAGAAAUUCUCCUCACAAGUAGAACCUGUUUGUUAAACCUAUGCUGCUCUCAUGCAAGACUAUACCUAGUAAGAAGAGACUGUUGUGAAAGUAAAACCAAAAAAUGUGUAAUGUGUACAAGUGCAUCCAGUCCAUAGAGAGUAUAUAUAAACCAUACCAAAAAAUAUAUGUGAGUAGUUGUACUUAAAUGUAAAUUUCUAAGAAAAUGUGCUGAUUUGAUACCAGUGCAUGUGUAUAGGUGAAUGAAUAAGCUACAGUGCAUGUAUCCAAAAAUGUUUCCAUGAUUAAGGUUGAGUAAACAAUUGUUAUUGGGUAAUUGGAUAUAUAGGCAGUGGCGGAUCCAGAGGGGGUUCUUUGGGUUCAAUUGAACCCCCCUUUGAGAAAGAAGUGAGUGGGAGGCUCAAGCAACUAGUUAGCAAGUUGUUCCUUUCUUACUAGCUUUCACAUGCACUUCUCACUUACCUUUAGUCCUUGUUAGUCCUGCGAAGCUUUGUUUGUGCAGUUUUAGUGACUAUGAAGGCUAAAAACUCUCCAGCGAGUGCAUGCAGACUGCUUCAUGAAAAGUGAUGACCUUUUUUUUAGGAAAAAAUUCGGUGUGUUAAUGCGCAUGCUCACUGUUUAGAAGAAGUGACGACCUUUUUGGUAAAUUUAACAGUCCUUGAGCCCUGGAACCCCCCUUUCAAGAAUCCUAGAUCCGCCACUGAUAGGGAGAGAAAAGGCCAACGGUUUCCGGCUAAGUUUUCGAACUUUGUCACAACAUCUAUAUAUAUAGAUAGUUUGGCUAUAAUAUCUUAUAAAAGGUUCAAACAUACCUACACAUCCUUUGCAGUGCUCAAAAUUAUUAGUUUUUCCAUUUCGGUUAGGGAGAUUUGAAGAAGAUCUUACGGCUAGGGUCCAAAAAUUAGUAAGCUUGAUAAAUUUUCUAACUUUUGAUAAGAAAAUAUUGUCCAAAAAUACUUUAGUUCUGGAGAUAAUUGAUAAUUUUGCCUUACCACGGAUUAUAGCCCAUGGUCCAAGGCCGAAAAAUGGCAAAUUAUGGUCCAGCCAGCACAUAACAAUAAAUAAAAGUAUUGAAAGAAACAAAGUAGCACUGCAUGACUGUAUUAGCAUUCUAUACAUUUGUAGAUUCGUAGAAAUGGGGUUGUAUAUAUAUAUAUAUACGGUUGUAGCUGAACAGAAGAAAUUUCUACAUGAACAAUUGAGUUUAUGACGGGUUAAGGGUGGAUCUAAUUACACAGACACAAAUAUCAUACAAUCGUUAAGCUUCUCGAGACAGUUUGUUGGUUUUGAAGGUGGUUUUGAAGGUAAUAGAAACCGUCAAAAAAAUUAACCUGUAGUGACUUCCAAUAAUUUAAAGAUGCUCAGUUUUUUUACUCCCAUUUUUCAGUAAGACUUUGUUAGGCUUUCAGAGGCUAAUUACAUUUGUCUCCUUCGAUGAUUGCUGAUUUUGACCUUAUGCAUGAUUUCCCAGAAACUUAGCUGCAAAAAAUGCACUCCUCAGACCUGGUAAUACUUAUAAGCUCUAGACUUAUUCAAGACAUCUUGAAAUGCGCACAAUGUUAUUAAUGUGAGUAUUGCAUAUAUACACAUGCAUGCAGAGCUAGUGCAGUCAUAGUUCCAUGCUGUACAUAGAGUGGGAGGGUCUAGUCGCAUUCCUUGAGUGCUGGACUGGAACACUGAGAUCUAAUGCUGAGCUCCUCAAGUGGUGACAGUAUACAGCAGAAAUCAUCCACGCAUCAUUGAAUGUACCCAUCAUAAUGUCCGAUGAUUAUUUUGGUAGAGGGAAAUCUAUAGAUAAUGCUCAGUCAACAAGAUGACAGUAAAAGUUGCCUAUGGAGGAGAGAGUGGAAAAUGAAGUACACAUUUUACUAAUAAGUUCCCUCAACUGAAGCUUGACACAAAUUGAUUCAAAUUUGGAUACUCUGGUAUUAGUUGUAUAUAAGACACCAGCUGUCACAAGACAAACCUUACAAUCGGUGUGGGUGGAUGCUUUAAUAUGUCAUAUGAUCGUAUGACCAUUUAUGUUAUUUUAUUGCCUCUAAGAAUGCUCUUUUAUAUAACAAACAAAUACUAUCUAUAUAAGUACUUAUAUGGUGGUUUUCAAAACUUCAGGGAUUGUUUUUCCCCGUAUAGGUAGUAGCCAGUUUUGUAUUAUAAUUAUCGGUCAGUGAAUUUAGUUUCAUUUCACUGCUGCUUUGGCGAUCACAGCUAAUGGUGCAUUAGAUCUAUAGCUAUACAAAAACUGACUGUGUUCAAGUAGUGUGUGUGGCCAAGAUCAUUCACUGACAGGAAGUUUUUGUGAACUUAAUUGCUGUAUCGAUUGUUGAUCAUGGGAAUUCGGACCUUAACCACCUACAUGAACGAGAAGGGGCACUUCGAGUCUGUAACCCUGAGAAAAGUUUCCAGUAGGAUUGUCAUUGAUGGAUUUAGCUUGUCCUAUCAACUGUUUUGUGGAAUUGGAUGGGGUGAUUAUUGUGAGUUUUAUGAGAAGGUUCUAGAUUUCUUUACAAUGCUAAAGUCUAUCGGAAUCGAGGCCUAUGUGGUAGUCGAUGGUAUUGAUUAUGAAAAUGAAAAGGCAGCAACUAGUGAUGAUCGAGUUUUACAGCGGCUUAGGAUGAUGAGUAGGGCCAAAUCUCAGAUUGAACAGCUUAAAAAGAACGAGAUGAUUGUUCCUAAUCUGGCAAAAGUUGUGUUUGUCGAUGCUGUUCGUAAAACCAUUGGGGCUAGGUUCUUUGUUGCCGAUGGUGAAGCUGAUCGAGAUGUGGUGUCACUUGCAAAUCAUCUUGGCUGUCCCGUCUUAGGCUUGGACUCGGAUUUCUUCAUUUUUAACAUAAACCACGGACUGAUUCUCAUACCGCACAAUUUACAAGACCUUAAAACAGAGGUGCAGUAUUUUCACUAUCAGAAAUUUGAUCGAACAUGCAACUUUAGCCACCCUCAAAUCCGCCUUUUCUUACCAUACUGUCUUGGCAACGACUUUCACAGUCGCCAUGCACUACCUGAGCUAGGAAUUGAUCAGGAGGCUAAAGUAGAGUUAAUAGUUGAAAAGCUUAAUAACUCCUCUUUAAACAUUGAUGAUUAUCAAGGAGAACUCGCUAGUGAUCGUAAGUUUUAUGAAGUUGUCCCUCAUUCAUUUGAAGACCUGUCUCAACACUCAGCAUUUAGUACAUCAGUCCCUCAGUGGAUUGUAUCUCGUUUCAAAAGAGGAGAGUUUUCGCGCAAUGUAAUGCAUUUCUUGGUAGGCCAUAUUCUGAAGGGGAGCAAAAUCUGGAAUUAUAUACUAGUUGUUGAAGAUAUAAAGAGAGAGUCUGCUUGGAAAGUGACCAAUUCGGUUCUUCUGUAUGCUAUUGGUGCUCUCAUUAGUUGCUAUGAAAGUGGCAGUAUCCCUGAAAUUAUUGUGAGGGUCAGGCAAAAAUCGCUGUGUAAAUUAGAAGAACACAACAUUUCCUCCUUGCUCAAUGAGAAGCAUUUAGAGAUUCUUGGAUCACACAAUUUGUUGAAUAUUCCUGAUAUGCCCAAAAUAAAACGAAGAGACAUCGUUUUACGUGUAUUUCAGUGCAAACAAAUUUCAGCGGAAUUGGAGAAUGUCUCUGAAGAUCUGAAAUUAGCAGUAGUUGCAAGCCGGUGUUGGCUGAUGGCUAUUCACUCAAGUGUGGACCAUCGAUUCAAGGCUUUCAUUUUGGCUCUUGUUCUCUGCCUUCAAAAGUGUCUCUGUAAAGGCAGUGAUGAAAUUAAGGAUUGCCGUAACCAAAUGAAGGCUCUUGAUCGGAUCCACUACUUAGCUCAAUGGGAAUGCAUGCUUCACCUUGCCAAUACUUUCAACCAGAUCCUCGGCUGCCCUUUUACCUACACAAGCCUGGGUCGUAUGUUCUCUGCAACAGUAUUUCAAAAAUUUUUCGUGAACUUACCCAAUCCUCUCUACUCAAUGCUUGACGAAGAAGGGAGGAUUAUGUACAAUGCAAUAACAAAAGAGCUUCUCCCGGAUGCACCAGUCGAACCUGUUCGCCAAGCCCAUGCUGUUCGAUUACAAUAUUCAAUCCCUACUCAGAACAGAUUUGCAUCAUUGUCUAACUUUGUGGAUUGAAUUCUACAGCAUCUAAACCACUGCAUGUUU